UGAGAUUUGAGGACGAGUUGGAGAAAUUUUUCCUGCAUAAAGGAGAUGAAAAAAAAUCAUAAAAACAAAUCUCUUGAUUUUCGAUUCUCAAAUUAUUGCAGGCUCCUUCUACCUUAUAUGGAGCGAAAAUCGGUUAAUUUACACAUGUAUUAUGACCAGGGACUCUUGCUCUACAUUUUGUCUGACGCUCGGAAAACUCUAUUUUCGUUCCACUUUAUAGGCGCCGAAAAUGGUCUUUUUUAUGCAUGUGUUAUAAAAAAAAUUUUACAGAAAUAUUAGAGAAACUAGCACGCACGUUUAAAAUAACAGAAACAAUUUUUUUCAUCAAUUUUUGCCUAUUCGCUGUCAAGGCAUUUCAGAUGUUAUUGGCGUAAUUUAUUUAUUUAUUCUAUUUAACCAUACAUUUAUCUAUUUCAUAGGAAUUCUGGAAGAGUUACAUGCUGGUAUACGUUGAACAAUUGAAACAAAAAUGAGUAAAUUUCUACGUAUUGCGCUUACGAUCGUCUUGAUUGCUUUUAAUCUUCAAAGAUGUACCGCAUUUUUAUCGGCGCUCCUCGGGGAAUCGUCAAAUGUCGUUACAAUGGGUCAAUUCAUAAUCGAUAUGAGUGGGAAACUUUUUGAUGUUCCGGAAACCCAAGACGAAACUUUGCACGCCAUUUCAGAGAUGCACAGUGAAAUUAAAGGUGACAUCGAUAAAUUAACGCAGAUGCUUGAAAAGGUACCUGGUAUCAUCGAUAUAGCACUAAAAAGUACAAUCUUGGAGAAAAAAUGUUUAAUCUGAAAGUGAUUUUCGAAGAAGCGGUUGGUAUGAAAUUGAGAAGUGUAUCAAAGUUUUUGUGAAACAGGCGUAUCGCAGGUACAAUUACUCGAUAACUUAUACAGAUCGCUGAGAAUAUCCAUCGCUCAAUACUUUAUAGCCAAGACUCUGAUGUACACCUUUUUGGAUAUACAUAAUGGUAUAAGUUAAUAAAGUUAUACAGUAUACGCAGGAACUUUGAAAAAUCAGAUCAGUAAACUGCAUAAUACAUACGUAUUUUAUUAAAUUUUGGUUUGGAUAGAGAAACCGAUUUUCGGCACUAGAAAAGCGGCAUUACGAUCUGAAAUUCACGUAAAAUACAGAUCGGCUGUAGAGAGUCUAAGAACUUCUAUGAUUUCUGCGUCACUCAAAGACACCGAGACAUACGCCCAUUUAAACGCUUUUUCGCAAUAUAUUUUAAACGAAGGAUCUCUCAGAAGGUCAAUUACUCAAUCGUGUGAUGAAGUGAGGUGUCCUGAUGCAACGAGAUCGGAUAAAUGUACUACUUAUUUCUGUGUGAAUACGCGUCCUUAUAGCAAAGGAUUUGCUAGUUGUCAAGAUAUCACUGAUACUGGAAAAUCUUACGUGGUUUGCAUCAAUAAAAGCCCAGUCAGCGCUGCACGAUACUCGGGUAUUAUUGAGAAUGACGCAGCAAAACUCAGGAAUUUUUACUGCAGCCCUGACCAUUCUACAAGUACGAUAAAAGCUGACUAUAACGGGUGGGGUAACAUAGUAGGCGAAAAAUGCAAUUACUGCAAUUGCGUUUGUAAAGAGCUAGAUCACUACAUAAGUCUUGAUCCUGCUUUGGCUGUAGUUUCAGACAACAGGGUUGUGACAGGUGCCAAAUUAUCUAUGAUACGCGGGGCUUUGUGCAUUCAAAUUCAGGAAGGAGAAUCAUUAGCUAACGGAAGCAUUGACAGUUUAACUUCUGGCUGAUCAGAUAUAUAUAUGGCGUUCGAAAUCGCGUUAAAGUUUCUUGGGAUGAACUGAGAUCCUUUGACUUGACGCAAACGCUUCUACCGAGUGAUCGCAUCGUCACGGGAUUGAAGUUUCAAGUAAACCCCACUUCAAAACGAAUAAGUCUAGGGGUGUAUUCAGCCGGAUUUGAAUUUAGAACAGGAAAAUUGUUUGAUGCCGAUGAAGACCAACAAAAAUUGCACGGUCCAAAGCCUGCAGAGAAUGAGUUGCAGCUUUACAAUUCGGAUGUGCCAACGAAACCCAAAAUACCAGAAAAUUAUCCUGAUUCGGAAGACAAUCAAACCACGAUUCCCUUUAUAGAUACUCAAUUUUUGACAUCUAAGUACGUUACACCUCUAUCUGGCGCUGGAUUAGUACACAGAGGGCAAAAAGGUUACGGUGGCUUUUUCGCUUUAAAAUUGUAUAUUUAUGACAUGCGACCGUAUAUUGAAGACGACAUUAAUUUGAAUGAAAUAGACUCUGCUAUGGAAACUCUAGAAGCUUGAUUUAGUACUUAUGAGUUUUUUCUAACCAUUUGAUGUAUGCUGCAAGUUAAAUGUUUUCGACAUUAGACGAAAGAUGUAUUUAGAUGGUGUCUGACCAUGGAAUAUUAUGAAAUAAAAAACCGCUGCUAAUU